AUGAACAAAUACUUUGCUAUUGUACUCUUGGUCGCGGUGGUCGUUGCUCAGGAUGAAGAACGCCCCAAGACAUUCAGGAGACUUAUUCCAGCUGAUGUUCUUCGUGACUUUCCGGGAAUGUGCUUUGCAUCAACCAAGUGCGCAACAGUAGAACCAGGUAAAAGCUGGGAAUUGUCUCCAUUCUGUGGUCGUUCUACCUGUGUCCCAGCAGACGACGACUCUGGCAGACUCUUCGAGCUGGUCGAGGACUGUGGACCUCUUCCAAAAGCCAACCCCAAGUGCAAGCUCUCUGAGAAAACCAACAAAACCGCAACCUUCCCCGACUGUUGUCCAAUCUUCGAGUGCGAAGAAGGCGCUAAACUCGAGUACCCCGAAAUUCCAACCGUUCCACCACCAUCCGAGGAAACAGCUAAACCUGAAGCUGCUAAAGUAUGA